AUGUUAACAUCCGAAAUCAGGAGGAAUCACGGUUUUGUCGUAGAUGAAGAAAGAAGAUGUCGAGUGGCUCAAGAAUCUCCACACAAACCAGGGAAAAAGUGUAAAGUUUGGGAAUGGAUUGAUGAAGAACCUGAGAAUAUGAAGCCCAUUGCAGAAGAUACUCUUUCAGAUGUUGCAGAUUAUCUUAUACAAGUUUUAGAGGAUGUGGCAUCUGUUAGAGAAGAAGUGAAACAGUUGAAGGUUAUGGUUUGUGUACUGAUUCUCCUGGUCAUUGUUAAGGUUAUGUUUUGGGGUUGA